GAAGGCUUACUUUACAUCGUUCAGAAACCGAAGGACUUCAAUACAAAGAGAUAUAAGAUAGGAAGAACAUAUAAUAUAACUCAAAGAUAUGACAGUACAGUCAAUAGAGUUAAGGUUGUGUUCGUUAACGAUAUGAGAGCUGCUGAAACAGAACUACUCGAAAAGUUUGAGAAAAUGUAUGGUGCUCCCACGAAAGGUAAAGAAACGUUUGAAGUAGAUGAGAUAGAUAAAGCUAUAAAAUUAUUUGACGAAGUUGCUGAAAAAUACAUGUAA